UGUAGGUGGGGCGGCAGCAAGGAGUCUAGAGGCUUCGAGGGCGGCGGGGCUGUGUUUGUUUACCCGCCGGAGGGACCGUCUCGCCCUGGGACAAAACUCUCUGCUGGAAGACGCUGAAGAAGGGCGGCCUCUCACUCCUCCGUGAUCCUCACAAUGGCCAAUCGAUUCUUUGAAGGAGCAGCCCAUGCAGCUGCAUAUGCCAGAUUUCGGCCACACCCUCCUCAGUCACUGAUUGAGGAAGUCAUGUCAUACUUAAAAGGAAAGUAUAAUGGUACACUGGCUGCUGCUGUAGAUGUGGGGUGUGGGUCAGGCCAGAGCACCUGGGUCCUGGCACCACAUUUCACCCAUGUCACAGGUCUGGACGUCUCUCCAGCACAGAUCACUGAAGCCACCAAGAAAAACACUAGGGCCAAUGUUUCCUUUAAGGUGAGUGGAGCAGAGACGCUGCCUUUCCCUGCACAGUCUGUCCAGCUCAUCACAGCAGGACAGGCUUGCCACUGGUUUGACUUGCCCAAGUUUUAUGCUGAGGCUGACAGAGUGCUGGUGCCAGUAAGUGUUGAGAAUGUUGCAGGAGGGGUGUUGGCUCUGUAUGGGUACCUGUUCCCACUGCCUAUGUAUGGGAGUGUCUCCAACCAGCUGGUAGAAAUUGUGAAUGAUAUGUAUAAGAACAAACUGGACGGUUAUAUUCACAAAGGCAGUAUGGAAGUCUACCUGGAAAAUUAUCAGUCUGAGAAGUACAACAUGAUUUAUGAUGAUAAGAUGGAAAUCAGAGAUGACAGCCACUACACAGACAGGACUGUCUCUGUCACUGAUCUGACUGGGUACAUCAGCAGCUGGUCUGGCUUUCAGAACUUUCGAGCCAAAAAUGGAGAUGAAGCUGCUUUGGAUUUGCUUCAGAACUUCCAAAACAGGAUCAUGUCAGUCCUUGGGGUAGACGGCACACCGGAGGACAUAGAACUGACCCUUCGCUACAAAUACUUUCUCCUCAUGGGGCGAAAACCAUAGGAAGUUUGCUUACCUCACCUGUGAUAUCUGCUCAAGACUGUUGUAGAGACAAAUGUGUACUAAGUCUCUUGUUUGUAAAUGUGGGUCAUUUACUCCCAAUUGAGAUAUGUGUGUCCAUGUGCAACAUUGUGAUUUUGUAUAUACUCUUAGUUAAUUUAACUCAUAUUAUUUUUACUAUUAAAGUUUGUAAUAUAUAGUGUCUGUUGAUAGCUGACUUUUAAUAAAUUCUUAAAUCUACA